CCUGCGUGACCUAACUCAUUCUUCUGGAAACAGUGCCGUAUUCUGAAGUACUCACGCUGAUUCUAUGUCAGUUCAAGAGAUGUUAUGGAACUUUAAUGAAAAUAAAAGUCUACUCUGAUAUCAAUGGGGGAGAAUGUGGACGUCAAGGCCCUCAGGGCCAGGUUUCAUGCCCAGGCAGAGAGGGGUACAUCUGAAAGCUGUGCACCCUCAAGGCCUCAGGCGAGUGGUCCUAUGUCAGAAUCAUCAAUCAAUGGAGUGGUCCGUAACAAGGUUUCACCCAUAGUUCCAAGGUCAUCCCUUCCAGUGAACUCACGUACUGAACCCAAGAGGAUGAGUCAGCCUCCACAAGGAGUAUUUCCCAAACCCCCACCCUCACAUUAUGCUGGAUCCAAAGAAGAACCAAAAGCACCCUUUACAAAUCCUGAGAACAUGGGGAAAGUGAAACUAACUGGGGAUUUUCUCAAGAACCAGAUGCUGAAACAACAUGCUGAGUGGAAGCCAAAAGUGUCUAACAGGCCUAUACUGCCAAGCCAGAGGAGCAUGUCAGAGGUCCCACCCCUGAGAAAACCUCUUCCACCCCCUGGGCCAAGACCCCUGAAGCCCAAGCGACCUCCAUCUGUUCGCCUGGAUCAUUUGCGAAAAAAGGCUCUGGCACCUCUGCCUCAAGGGUGCCCAGAGAAAAAAACACAUGAUGGACCGGUAUGGCCACCAAAUAAACCUAGCAGGCUGUCACAAUCCUUUUCAAAGCUAAAUGUGGAACCUGAUCAGGACACAUACGAUGAUAUUGACUUGCCCCCUCCUCCACCCCCUCCCCCAAAACUAUCCUCCAGAGAAUCAUGGACAGGAAGUUUCUCAUCUCAAGAGAGUGAUCAAGGUGACAUUUAUGAGCAUAUUGAAGAUCAGGAGGUGAUGAUGCCUGUCUCAGAGAAGAAAAAACAGAAGGAGCUCAAGAGAGAGCAAGAACUGAACAAAAAAGAGCAAAAAGAAAAGCUGAAAAGGGAGAAUGAGUACCGAAAAAAAUUUAAACUACAGCUGUCAGGAGAGGUGGAGGUGCUGCACACUGCACGGCUGCGGACCGACUGGCACGGAGGGAAGAAUGACCUCCGUGUGAGGCAAGGCGAGAUUGUGGAGAUCAUCCGCAUUAAAGACACCCCCGAGGGCAAAUGGCUGGCGAGAAACAUGAAUAGGGAAUAUGGUUACAUAAGUAAUGCGUGUGUUGAUGUGGACUACGAGGCAGUCAAACGCAAGCUGCGUGUUGAAACUAUGCCUUCUUCCUACCCUCCUCCUGUCCAAAACGAAGAUGUCUAUGAUGAUAUCAGUUCAGACGCGCUGAACAGCAGUUUCAAUCUGACCAAUGAGGUGUACGAUGAUGUAGACCACAUCAUACCAGAUGAAUUCCCGCUUCCCCCACCUGAGAUAUGCCAUGAUCCCAAAAUGAGCAAGAAACUUGAAAAGGAGGAGAAGGAGUUUAGGAAAAGGUUCAAGUUUGAAGGGCCCAUCAAGGUUCAUUAUUGCAUGAUGGUCGACCCAAAUGCUAACAUUAAGAAGAGUGGUGGAAAGGACCUGUCUGUCGUGCAGGGAGAGAUUCUGGAAGUCAUUGAGCAGACUAACGAGAAGAAAGUGCUCUGUCGCAACGAACAGGGCAAAUAUGGAUAUGUACCCAGAUGUUACCUUCUACAGCCGGAGAAUGAAGUAUAUGACGAUAUUGACAAUAUGAAAGCCUAAGUGGACCACUGAGGUCUUGAUGGCCAAGAGCAGAACUGUGGUGGACAAAGGGGAUGUGAAAGAGGAAGCAGUCAAGACUGAGAUACGCUGUUUCAAAGACACUGUUCAUACCUGAGAACAGAAAAGCCAAAGAACAUAUGGGGCAGAGAAUAACUGAGUUAAUAAAGUUUUGUACAUUGAAGAAAUAAAUGCAUAUUUUUAGUAAUGUAUGACAUAUUUCUUUCUCAUUUUUAUUAUUAACAGCACUUGAAUAUUACUAACUUUUAUCUGCCUAAAAUAAUCUCAAAAAAAGCAGUGGACAUUUAAAAAAAAAAGGACAUGUUUACAAUAAAUGUAUAGUAAUCCCA